AUGACCCACAAAAAAUCAGUCCCAGAAAGAAAGCACAGCAGGAGCAGCAGAAGCAUCAGGUUGGCAUUUAUUAUGGUGGGUUAUUCCCUGGCCACUCAUUGCCUUCCGUGCUACGUUAUAAGACUAACGUCUUCCUGCCUUUUGGCUCAAGUCAGAACUUCUAUUUUACCACCGUGUCUUGGAACAGGAGAUGGGACGGCUGAGGGCACUCUCCACCGCCUCAAGGUACCACUGUUACUGUCACUUUACUGAUAUUUUUUGCACCUCCAUGCCGUGUCGGCCAGUACCUAUAUAUACUCAGCCUACAUUACUCUGUCCUCUUUCACCGAAAACCCCCACCAAAAUCUUCCCCGCUCGUUCCGAAACAACUCCAGCAAAAACUCAAAUCUUUUUUUUUUUUUUCCUUUCUGGUAGCUCAGUGUAUAAUGAACCCACACGAUCGAGAUGAGAAUUCAGUCUUUCCUUCAUCAAAUUCGCCUUCCUCUUCCCCCCCUGAGAACCAGUCUUCUGAAGUUGUCCCGCUCUCGAUGGUCUCUCCUUUCGUAGACUUGGAAUCUCGCCAGCAUCUUCAAGAAAUUGUACCAGGUAUCUUAAGCGGAGGAACUAUUACGACCGAGGCUGCCCGGAGUUUUCCUGGGAUGCCUCAGCCUAUGGAGUGUCUGCAGGGGACUCCAGUACCGCCAUUUCUCUCCAAGACCUUUGAUCUUGUGGAUGACCCCGCUCUGGACUCCAUAAUCUCGUGGGGAGCCAGUGGACAGAGCUUCGUUGUGUGGGACCCCGUGGAGUUUGCCAGGAGAAUAUUGCCCAGGAACUUCAAGCACAAUAAUUUUUCCAGCUUUGUUCGCCAACUAAAUACUUAUGGGUUUCGCAAGAUUGAUGCUGACAAAUGGGAGUUUGCAAGUGAGAGUUUCUUAAGAGGGAAAAGGCAUCUGCUGAAGAACAUUCAGAGGCGCAAAUCGCCUCACUCCCAUCAACUUGGUGGCUCCUAUGGAUCAACUGGUGAAGCAGGCAAAAUUGUAUUGGAAGGGGAGGUUGAAAAAUUAAGGAAAGAAAGGAGCUUAAUGAUGCAAGAAGUCUUUGAAUUGCAGGAACAGCAGCUUGGAACAAUCCAGCAUGUGGAGGCAGUUAAUGAAAAACUCCAGGCAGCAGAGCGUAGGCAGAAGUUGAUGGUCUCAUUUAUGGCUAAGCUAUUUCAAAAUCCAGAUAUCUUGGAUCGCCUGAAGCAAAUAAAGGAGCAAAAACAAAUUACUUCUUCAAGAACAAUGAGAAAGUUUCUGAAACAUCAGCCACCUGAAUUCGAUCCAGGUGCAGUAGAACAACUUCCCGAAUUUACUUUACAAGAACCAAGUGGAGGGGGAUUUUCUAGUCAGGGAACCGAAGAUACACUGCUCAAGGGGAAAACUGUAGUUCCACCAGAGGUGAUUCCUGAGUAUUUUGUUACUUCUCCUGAUGACUUGGCAAAGGAGAAGAACUUCCCUGAAUACUCAUCACUGGAUAUCGAAAGUAUGCUCAAAGAACAGGGACCAUGGAGCAUGGAUUUUGAAGCUGGUGCUGGUGUUUCUUCUUCCAGCAAUGAGAUAUGGGGUAAUGCUGUGAACUAUGAGAUUCCAGAGCUAAUGGUUAGCAGUGGAUUGUCAGAUAUCUGGAAUUUAGGUUCUCUACCAGCAGCCGGAAGUUCAGGUGCUGAGAAGUGGCCAGAUGAUGAAUUUCCUUUCUCAAAGCUUGACGAUCAAGUCGGCCAGCAUAAAGAUGAAAGUUCUAACUUCUAAGAAACUAGAUCCAUAGGUUUCUUUAACGGCCUCUUGGGCCGACUUAUAGUUGAUUCUCGGAAAUUCAAUAUUGGACAAUUUAUUACAUAUUUGUUUGAUUGACUAUCAUGGAGAACUUUUUUUUCUUAACUGCUCCAUCAAUUUUUUUUUUUUAAACUUUUAACAGCUGAUUUUGUAGAAUUCAUUUCCGCAUUCGAUUGAAUGUGCACGUCUAGAUAGUAUGAUGAUAUGCUCAACCAUCCUUUCCUGCUAAUAAAUACUUGCAAGUUUGUGAUUUUGCAGGUUCAUAGCAGUACGAGACAGGUCGCAGUGUAGCAGCCACUUUUUGAGGGUUUGUUGGAAUGUCUUCUGCUGCUUUGUCAAGCACUGGGAGGUAAGAUAUCUUCAUGAGAAGCAAUUUGUUCUCCUAAUUUGGUUCAAUGUUGUUUUAUCUUGUGUUGAGGAUGUGCUCGACCACGCUGACAGUUGAAUGCGGAUGCUAUUUCUUCUGUUCUUGCACUCGGUUAGUGUUUGUCCGUGGAUUAUACACUCGCUCAGUUUUACUUCGAGGAGGCCAUGUACAAAUUUGCUUUUUGCCCUGAGUUCUGUGGCAAAUACACCAAGAUGCUCAUUCAUUCUGCAGUUACACUUCCGUCUCGGAGAAGAACUGUGUAAAAUGUUUAUUAAAAUCCUAACAUCCCUCUUCGUUUGUCCAUUUUCUUGAAUUUUUUUGUUUUUGGAAUGUGGCUUUGCUGGGGGCAUACCAUGCCUGAAAGUGCAGUUGCGAGAGGGAAAGAAAAGCAAAUCCUUUUUGUA